AUGCCAACUCACAAACUACGUCCACCAACUUGCAUUCCAAUGAACAUUUACAAAAGAAAGUUCUGGUCACUGACCUCACUCACUCACUUGCUCAACACACAAGAGAUAGCGCUUCUGUCAAAAGGUCCCAAGUUCUGCCUUGCACCCACUGUAAACAAACACACCAGCAAGAGUACAAACAUCACGAGUGAGUUUGCCCUUCAAAGGUCAAACAUCAACUAAUGCAGUUAAAAAGCAAAUGCGUGAUCUCAGUCAAAAGAUUAGAACUACACUGCAACACGUGUUUAUCAGCAGAAAAUUGGAACAAGACCUCAAGCCCAGAGAAAUUAAGCCUCCAAUUAUAAACCAACAAUGCGUUGUUUACUCUUUAACAUGUGAUGUGCAAUUCAGAUGA